UCCGCACAUAGAUCUCUGGGAAAGAGAGUCCACUCGCUAAAUAAUUCAAGUCCGUUUUCUUCGCGUUGAACAAGAUGCCGGCCGUCCAUAAAUUGCUUUUAGAAGAGGCUUUGCAGGACAGUCCCCAGACUCGCUCCUUGCUCAGUGUGUUUGAGGAAGAUGCAGGGACCCUGACAGACUACACCAACCAGCUGCUUCAGUCCAUGCAGAGAGUGUAUGGGGCCCAGAGUGAGAUGGGAUUAGCUACAGAACAACUGUCCAGACAGCUACUGGAAUAUGAGAAGCAAAAUUUUGCCCUUGGCAAAGGUGACGAGGAGGUGAUCAGCACACUGCAACAAUUCGCCAAAACUGUAGGGGAGCUGAACACGUUACACUCAGAGCUGGCCACUGAGAUGGCUGACAGGAUGAUCUUUCCCAUGAUCCAGUUCAGAGAGAAGGAUCUUACAGAGAUUAGCACGUUGAGAGAAAUAUUUGGCAUCGCCUCUGAUGAGCAUGAGGCUGCCAUGGUCAAGUACAGCAGGCUGCCCAAAAAGAAGGAGAGUGAGAAGGUGAAGGCGGAGUUGGUGGGUGAGGUGGCCUACUCCAGGAGGAAGCAGCAUCAGGCCUCUAUGCAGUACUACUGUGCCCUCAACGCCCUGCAGUACCGCAAGAGGGUAGCCAUGUUGGAGCCCAUGCUGGGAUACACCCAGGCCCAGAUCCAUUUUUAUAAGAAAGGCAUGGAUCUAGUCUCGAAGAAGAUGGACAGCUUCCUGGCGUCGGUGUCCAGCAUGACACAGAGUAUCCAGGCCCAGUUGGACUCGGAGGCUGAGGCCAUGCGUCUGACCCAGAGAGAGUUGCUGUCCAUGGAGGACACGGUUUACAUGCCGGACCGCGACCCGGUGCCGGUCAACCGCACGCUCAUACAGAAGGCAGGGUACCUUAACAUCAGAAAUAAGACUGGCCUAGUUACCACAGCCUGGGACCGUCUUUACUUCUUCACCCAGGGAGGGAACCUGAUGUGCCAGCCUCGAGGGGCGGUGGCUGGGGGCAUGGUGCUGGACCUGGAUAAUAGCUCCGUCAUGGCCGUAGAGUGCGAGGACCGACGCUACUGUUUUCAGAUCACCUCCCCGUCUGGUAAAACGUCAAUGAUUCUACAGGCAGAGAGCAGAAAGGAAUACGAGGAAUGGAUAUGCACUUUGAACAACAUCUCCCGACAGAUUUACCUGACUGACAACCCCGAGGCGGUGGCCAUCCGACUCAACCAGUCGGCCAUCCAGGCGGUCACUCCCAUCACCAGCUUUGAGAAGAGAGGAGCGGGCUCGCCCAAUCCCAACAGGGCUAAGCCCGGUGGGGUGCAGUCCUCUGGCGGUUCGUCUCAGAGGAGUUCCAGCGCCCCAGAGCCUGAGGACUUGAUCGUUCCAGGGACACCCAUCCAGUUUGACAUCAUGCUGCCUGCCUCCGAGUUCCAGGACCAAAACCGGGCUGGAGGGAGGCGUACAAACCCUUUUGGAGAAACGGACGAUGACAGCUCCCCUGAAAGCGACGACACCCUGCUGCAGCAGGUGUUUGCAGUUCGUUUCCUGGGCUCCAUGGCGGUGCGUUCAGGGCAAACCCAGGAGGUGAUUUAUGAGGCCAUGAGACAGGUGCUGGCAGCCAGAGCCAUCCACAACAUCUUCAGGACCACAGAGUCGCAUCUCAUGGUCACCAGCAGCUGCCUCAGGUUGAUUGACCCCCAAACACAAGUAACAAGGAUCAGUUUCCAGCUACAGGAGGUGACCCAGUUUGCGGCCCACCAGGAGAACGGCAGGCUGAUGGGGUUUGUGGUGGAGGGGCGGGACUGGAGCGAGGGGGAUGAGGAGGGAGAGCCCUCCUUCAGUGCGUUUGUGUUUGAGAGUAACACAGAGGGGGAGAAGAUAUGUUACACAAUAAGCUUGGGGAAGGAGAUUAUAGAGGCAAAGAAGGACCCAGAGGCUCUAGCCCAGCUAAUGAAGAACAUGCCCCUCACCAACGAUGGCAAGUUUCUCCUGCUGGACAGCGAGACUGGUGACACGGCUAAUGGAGGAGUAGCAGAUGAGGAGGAGUCAGAGGCCUAACCAUGCCUCCCAGAACCAGGGGAGAGGAUUUAAGGUUCACCCGCCAAACACCUUGUCGGGUGGGCUUCAGGUGUCCUCGGGAGCCCUUCCCCUGGCUCUGUCUGGUACUCAACCAGGAAAAUCUCCUGUCUCUCUAUGUUGUAUCUUAAGACCACUGGACUGUGGUACAGGACGGGUACUUAAAUACAAAGGGACGCGUUUACUAUUUGACUCCCUUUUCCCUGGUGGAAUUAAUAUUUAUCCAUCCUAUCAGCUUAAAGUGGGGACGGAAAGGUCCCUUUUUCCAACACUAAUAGGUUCACGUUACAUAGCUUUGAGGUUAAUGGUACCAUUGUAUCUAUGCAUCAGUGUAUGGAUUGUGUACAGAUGGAUGGAAGACUUACCUGCAAGUCCUGUCCGCAGCACUUAAUAACAUAAUUAUCCUUCCUAUAGGAGAUUAUUGCACUUCCAAGGUCUCUAUUAAUCAAAGACUUGAUGUCUGUAGCAGAAUGCACCUUGUCCAGCAGCGUGAUGAAGGAAGGCUUUAAUGUCAAUGAAGUGUGGAAAAAUGUAUGUACUGUAUUUCCUGAAUUCUGGUGUGUCCUGUGAUGCGAACCUCACAUUCCUGCUGUCUGGGAGGCCGUGGUUGAGGAUGAACCAACCAUGAUGAAUGUCUUUAAGCAGUGGGCCUGACGGCAAAGAAGCCUGUCUCUGAGUGUGCAUAGCUCACGGUAGGCCGGAAACGAGAACGCAAAGAACCAGGAUUACUUUUGCUAUGCUCCUGAGAAUAUGACAUGCAAAACAAACGAGGUCUAUUCAAUACCUAUCGUAUAAAUUCAGUAACAGCAUGAUUCAAAUUGAAAAGUACUGUUCGCCUGCAAGCGCAUACGGCAUUCAUGGUAAUGGAUGUUGGCUGAGUCUGAAAUUUUAACAUGUAUAUCGCUUUAGUGAAAUAGAUUGAACGUUGCCCAAGGUUAUAGGCAAAUUGUUCUACAAACAGGCCGUGUUCAUUUAAUUUGCAAUGCUACAUACAUUUGAUUUUCUCCGACAGUAAAUCAGUACAGUACUUAAAGAAUGCUCAAUAAUUGUAUUGGACUUAGAAUCAGCUUUGAUUUUAAGUCUUUAGAUGGUACUUUAAUUACAUUUCAAAGUAAAUAAGAUUGAAUAAAGUGUCUAUAAGAUGUCAAAACCUAAGGGCUCGAUUCAGUCUCUAUUGCCGAAUGUCAUUUCAGAAGCCGAUAUGCAGUGUUUCCACAGUUUCCAAUGAUCUUCGGCUAAACGAACUGAAUCGAUCCCCAGUAAUGCAUAGAGGUCUGCAGUUUUCGGAGUAUUGAUCGCAGUGCUUCCAGUGCAUGAAUUAGUUGUUUCAUAUGAUUCCCAAGGCAGCGGGACGGUGUUUAGACGGUCUAGUUUCAGUGAAGAACUUCAACGGACUACAGGGACCUGAACCGUUCCAUUAACAAUGAAUCCUGCGUUUGUUAAACAGUGCACUAACCAUUCACCGAUAGAGGAAUGCAAAUCUGAGUGAAAUUACUGAUGCACAUAGUAUUUUCCUCUUCACACAGACCGUGUAUUUCUGUGUAUAUAUUCUUUGUCUUAGCCCUGAACCUAUACGCAUGCACUGUUUCUGAAUGCCCAUUGUUUUGUUUUUUGUAUUGCGGAAUAACAUUGACAAUAGGUCAAAGCUUGACUUUGUGUGGACCGCAGGGUCAUUCAGUUUUGAACAAGGUCGUUCAGUGUGGAUCGUGGUCCCUAACACCCCCCCCCCAAAAAAUAAAUAAACUUAAAUUCUGCAGCAAAUCCUACCUUCCAUACUAAGUAAUGCAUCAGUGUUGAUAGGGGACAAUCACAUUUGACUUAAAGGCCCAGGUCAGUAAAAACAUUUUCCUGUGUUUGGUAUUUGUCCACAUUAUGUUGAAAUUGUAUAUUGCUUUUAGUGUAAGAGCUGUUUUGUCCUGCCUUGUGACAUCAAGUGGUGAAAUCAGCGGAUCAAUAAGGAGGUUCAAACAGUAAUAUAUUUUAUCAAUACAAGUCCAAAAAAUAAAAGUUCUAAUUUUAAUUAAAUCAUUAGUGAGGUGCUUAAUGUUACAAUAGAUUUGAUAUUGAGAUAAAAAUUAACUUUUACAUUUUAUUUAGGAUUCACCCCCUUGAGAGGAAUGCUCUUCAGUAAUCCAUAUUAGUGUUGUCCUUCAUAUGGCUCAAACUCCUCCAGCUUUCUGAGUGAAACUCACCAUCAGGGAAAAAUAUAUUCAAGCUAUCUGGAAAAUGUACAAAAAUUGGCAAGUGCAUUGCUCUCUUUUACUGGAAUUUCUUUUGUAAACGAACAUCAGUUGUAAAUGACAGUGUGUCUACUUUGCUUAAUACUUCAAUGUCAUUGUUUGACUUAGUUUUCUAAAACCGGUACGUUUAAAUCUUCUAAACGGCUUAAUCUUUUUAAAGUGACAUUUUCUUACUCCAUUAAAACAUGCAAUUGUUAAUAAAUACAAGUGACAUUUUAAUACUUAAGUUUUAUUAUUAUUUACACCACAAAAUAAGGACUUUGUUGAGUUGAGGAAUGGGGUGGGUAUGGGCAGGGGAGAGGCACCUGAGCUUUGGCUUGUGUUAUUUGGCAUCAGCUAGGGGCUUGUACGGUGGUAAUCCCUGUGACAACAGACUCUUGUGGACAGGAUGCAGUAUGUUGUACAUUCAGGGACAUUCAAGUUUUGAAACAGGUUGACGAGGUCUAUUUCAAAUGUUAUUACAUGUGGAUGGACAUUGACUCUUAAUCCAGGAUAUGGACAGUCAUACUUCAUGCCACAAAUAUACACAUGCCGAAAUGGAUGUGGGGAGGGAAAGAUUUGUACACAUGUACACUAAUAUUUAACAUCCUUUUACACAGACAUAAGACACUUUCAAGAUAUAGUCUUAUCUACAACACACACACACGUUCAGGAUUCUUUGUAAUAGUUGUUGAAGUUGAUGCGAAGCAGGAAGUCCUCCAGGUGAGGUUGGUAUCCUCUGUUCACCAGCUUGGUCACCACUAAGAACACACCACAGGCAGAAAAGACACCAGAGAUGGAAAAAUGAGUAUGUGCCCACCCGUUUGGUUAAAGGUACCCUACUCUGAAUUGAUUUUUUAAAUAGGUGAACAGCACCGCCAACUUUGUUUCAAAACAAAUGUAGAUCAGACAGGUUUCUACAGUGUCCUCCGUGUGCAAAUCCUACAGUAAUGAAUCCUAUUGUAACAUAGGAGAUCAUAGUAAUUAUUAGAGUCCCAGAUGUAUGAAUAGGAUGUUACAUUAAUCCUCUGGUACUGGAUUCAACACUAGCUAGAAAGUUUCACUUCCUCUUUAGAGAUCCGCUUACAAAAGCUACGUGGGAUACUUUUUUUGAUAUUUAAAAAAUAUUUAAAGGCAUUUAGAUGGCAAAAUUAUUCCCUUCCCUAUGCUUUUGACAUUCUGAACUGAAAUUGACUGAACUGUUUAGAAUUAUUGUAACAAAUAAAUUAAAGAAGGAUUUCGCUUCUACAUUGUUGCUUUCGCUGGUAUGGCUUCAAUAAAAACUCUGCAUUUUAGGCUGU